GGUGAGUGAAAGGUCAUGUACCAAACUACUCCUUGUCACGCUCGGUCCGCACACUCAAGCGACAUCACAUCGCUUAUAAGCGUAUAUUUUUUUCACCUUGUUAAUAAUGAAAGUUGCCCUUUCUGGAGGAACAAAGAAAUUUUUAAAAUAUGGAGCACCAAUGAUGAUUUUUAUGUUGGCUGGUACAUUUGGACUGCGUGAGUUUACUGAUCUGCGUGUUAAAAAGAGAGAAGAAUCGAGUCGAUUACUGACAACUGAAGAAGCCAAAAAAUUUCGAAAGUCUGAACAGUCAGAAUCUUUAGAAGACCUUUAUAAGGAUAUGAAAGAGGAUGUUAAAAUAGACGAGUGGGAAAACAUACGUGGUCCACGAAUAUGGGAAGAGGAUACUUUGAAAAUUUUACCAACCUAUCACAAGGAAGAAACAUAAGAAAUAAAUAUAGGUGUGUUUGUUUGGCGAAAAGAAUGCAGAUGGUAAAGAAGGAACAUUUGUUAAUGGUUAAGAGGCUUAGAUAAUGUGGGCCGCAUAUUAAGGCGACGUAUGCGACUGCUUGUGAAAUGAUACGAAACUCUUCUAUAAAGACUAAGUACCAGUCCUCAAUGUUAACUUUUAAAAAAUUUUUAAUGCUUUACAAUUUCUAUUUACUCUAAUAAUUAUAAUUUUUAUCAAAGAUAACCUAUAUAAACUACAAAAAAUGAAAACACUGCAAACGCUCAGAGAUCUCCAUUCUAGUAGUCAUAGCAUUUUAGUCGAUCCAGAGGUCUAAUAAUAAGAAAUUUGGUUCUUCCACUUUAAACCCAGUCCGUCGACCCUUGAUUCAAUAUUUGAGUUAUUUUUAUUGUGAUAGCGUAUAAAGUUUGAGCAGUUUAAAAGAUGAAUGUGCCUUAAAGUCCUCGUCAAACUCUUUAAAAUUUCUUGGAUAUUCAGGGAAUUAAGGGGAAUUUGAAGCUUUCUGUUUGUAACUAAAUUCUAUUGUAACUAUUCUUUGUUCAUUUUUUAGAAGACAUGAAAUAAGUAAUGGAAUUUAGCAGAAAAGAAUAUUUUAACAAUCA